UUUAUUUUGAAAGUAAGACCAUGCUCUGACUCCGCCCAUUCAAGGGACAGCUAGCGUUGUUUGCCUGUGCAGUUUCUCUACUCUGAGUUUUGAGAUAUUGUAUCUAAAUCAUGUCUCUGGAAGUCGAAUCGGCCGACGUCAUUCGUCUGAUAAUGCAGUACCUAAAAGAGAACAACCUGCAGCGAACUCUAGCCACUCUACAGGAGGAAACAACGGUUUCUUUGAACACCGUGGACAGUAUUGAGAGUUUCGUGGCAGACAUUAACAGCGGCCAUUGGGACACCGUGCUACAGGCUAUACAAUCCCUAAAGCUUCCCGAUAAGACCUUGAUAGACCUCUAUGAACAGGUGGUGCUGGAGCUCAUUGAACUGAGAGAGCUGGGAGCCGCCAGGUCUUUACUGAGGCAGACCGACCCCAUGAUCAUGCUGAAGCAGACCCAGCCGGAGAGAUACAUCCACCUGGAGAACCUGCUGGCUCGCUCCUACUUCGACCCCAGGGAGGCCUACCCAGACGGCAGCAGUAAGGAGAAGCGGCGCGUGGCCAUCGCCCAGGCUCUGGCAGGGGAGGUCAGCGUGGUGCCACCCUCUCGUCUCAUGGCUCUACUGGGACAGUCCCUGAAGUGGCAGCAGCACCAGGGUCUCCUCCCCCCUGGUAUGACCAUCGAUCUGUUCAGGGGCAAGGCUGCCGUGAAGGAUGUGGAGGAGGAGCGCUUCCCCACCCAGCUCACCAGGCACAUCAAGUUUGGACAGAAGUCCCACGUGGAGUGUUCCCGCUUCUCCCCUGACGGUCAGUACCUGGUGACCGGGUCAGUGGACGGCUUCAUCGAGGUCUGGAACUUCACCACCGGCAAGAUCCGAAAGGAUCUCAAGUACCAGGCCCAGGAUAACUUCAUGAUGAUGGACGAUGCGGUCCUGUGCAUGUGCUUCAGCAGGGACACAGAGAUGCUGGCUACUGGAGCACAGGAUGGCAAGAUCAAGGUGUGGAAGAUCCAGAGUGGCCAGUGUCUCAGGAGGUUUGAGAGAGCCCACAGUAAAGGUGUCACCUGCCUCAGCUUCUGCAAGGACAGCAGCCAGCUGCUCAGCGCCUCCUUCGACCAGACCAUCAGGGUCCAUGGACUGAAGUCUGGCAAGUCUCUGAAGGAGUUCAGAGGUCACUCUUCCUUCGUGAACGAGGCCACGUUCACGCCGGACGGACACCACAUCGUCAGCGCCUCCUCUGACGGCACCGUUAAGGUGUGGAACAUGAAGACCACAGAGUGCACCAGCACCUUCAAGUCCCUGGGAACCUCGGCCGGCUCCGACAUCACGGUCAACAACGUCAUCCUGCUUCCCAAGAACCCCGAGCACUUUGUUGUGUGUAACCGCUCUAACACGGUGGUCAUCAUGAACAUGCAGGGCCAGAUUGUGAGGAGUUUCAGCUCAGGUAAGAGGGAGGGUGGAGACUUUGUGUGCUGCACGCUGUCCCCCAGAGGAGAGUGGAUCUACUGUGUCGGAGAGGACUUUGUGCUCUACUGCUUCAGCACAGUCACCGGCAAGCUGGAGAGAACAUUGACGAUUCAUGAGAAGGAUGUGAUUGGGAUCGCUCAUCACCCUCACCAGAACCUGAUAGCCACCUACAGUGAAGACGGGCUGCUCAAACUCUGGAAGCCCUGAGUGCCGUCGCCUUAGCUGUCGCCAUGCCAACCCGCGGCGCUACGCCCAACAGCGUUGCCCACAGUCGGUCCCAGGAGAAGAUGACCUGAAACACGUUACCCCUUCUUUUUUAAAACCAACUUUUUUUUGUAAAUAUAUUUUUACAAGCGUUUUCUUGAGAACAUUUGUUUGAACAUCUGGUUGAAUAUAUUGCCUUGUGUGUUUUGUUUAUUUUAUGGCAAUAAAUAUGAGGGCUUUUUUCAUGUUUUUUUUCCGGGAUCCUCAAUAUGAUAUUGGAUAUGUUGGUGUUCCCAUGUUUGUAUUUGAAGCAUAUAAUUAACUGUAAAUCAUUUUUAAAUCAUCCAGUCUACAUUUGACUGGAUCUGUGUAUUCCACGUGAUAUCUUGUAUGUGCUACUAAACAUAUUUGACCAGGUG